UCGAAUUGGAGGAGCUCAUAAACCGCACGGCCAACGCCCAAAAAUCGAGAGCAAUGGCGAGGUGGUGGAGAGGCGGCGGCGAUCUCCUUCGGAGGGCGGCGGCGCCGCCGUGGCGACUGACGCCCUCCGCCGCGUACCAUCGCACCAUCCAGGCGGUGCCGAGGGAGCACACCGGGAGCCGGGUGGCGGCCAAGCUGCGGGCCGCCGGCUUUAUUCCCUCGGUGGUGCUGAGCCCCGUCGAGGGCGGCGGCCCUGUCACCCGGAAGCAGCUCCUCACUACCGAGGCGAAGCAGAUCCGGGAGAUCCUCAAGCAGUCUCCCUUCUUCUGCUCCACCCCCAUCCAACUCCAGGUCCGCGCUGGCUCCCGCUCCGCCGUCGUCCUCGAUUCUGGCACCGUCCUCCCCAUCAAGGUUCAUAGGAAGGAGGAGACGGGGGAGAUUCUAAAUUUGGUGAUGGCGUGGGCAGAGAAGGGAUUGGAGCUGAAGGUGGAUGUGCCCGUGAUAUACAAGGGAGAGGACGUCUGCCCGGGGCUUAAGAAAGGAGGUUACCUGCACAAGAUAAGGAGCAGCCUAAAAUACCUCUGCCCAACUGAACACAUUCCUCCAAAAGUUGAGGUGGACCUUACAAAUCUAGAUAUUGGAGAUAGAGUGCUCAUGCAUGAUAUUGAAGUCCACCCAUCAUUGAAGCUUUUGAGUAAAAAUGACACCAUGCCCAUUUGUAAGAUCUUGGCGACAAAGCCUGUCGCACCAGAACCCAAGCCAAUAUCAGAAGCCACACAAACACAAGAGGAUACAGGAGUCUAGUUUAAACAUUGAAUGAGUUUUCAAAUUCUAGCAAGAGCUAUUUUAAAAUGUUUAAGUGUUAGCACAGUGAGGAGGCUUGCAGAUACACUGAUGUUAGUUUGGAACCAUAAUUCCAACAAACACCGCACAGAGGAGUCUUACCACAUGGAAUGGUUUUGGCUGGACCAAAGAGUAGGUUCAUUCUAUGCUUGAAGAGCCUAUAUGUCAGUGUUUUGAUGGUUUUAAGUGUAAUAGUAUUAUAGAUUAUUAUAGAUGAGACAAUUUUGUUUUUGCAACAUUAAUUGCGCAAUCUAUUAUGAGUCUUUGUGUGGGUCA